UUCCUCUUCCUCUCCCCAGAUGACAUCAGACACUACUAUGGUGAGGGUCAGGCGCUCUACUUUGGCUUCCUGGAGUACUUCACCUUCGCCCUGGUGCCUAUGGCUCUCAUUGGCGUGCCUUACUACCUGUUUGACUGGGAGAACUACGACAAAUACGUCGUCUUCGCUGUGUUCAACUUGGUCUGGUGCACCGUUAUCCUGGAGUUAUGGAAGCGCUUCAGCACGUCUCUAGCCUACAGCUGGGGCACGCUGAGCAGGAAGAAGGCCUUUGAAGAGCCGCGGCCCGGGUUCCACGGCGUGCUGGGCUUCAACCCGGUGACGGGCCGCGAGGAGCCCCUCUACUCCAACACCAAGAGGCAGCUGCGCGUCUACCUGGUGUCGCUGCCCUUCGUGCUGCUCUGCCUCUACCUGUCGCUCUACGUCAUGAUGAUCUACUUCCUGAUGGAGGGCUGGGCGCUGUCCGUCCACGACGAGGAGCCCACCUUCUGGACGGGGGUCCUGCUGUUCAUCCCCAGUAUUAUCUAUGCUGUCGUCAUAGAGAUCAUGAACCUGGUCUACAGAUAUGCUGCCGAGUUCCUCACUGAGUGGGAGAACCACAGGCUGGAGUCUUCCUAUCAGAAUCAGCUGGUCCUCAAAGUAUUAGUAUUCAACUUCUUCAACUGCUUCGCCUCGCUCUUCUACAUCGCCUUCGCGAUGCAAGACAUGGCGCUGCUCAGGCAGAGUCUGGCCACAUUGUUGAUCACCAGUCAGAUCCUGAAUCAGGUCAUGGAGGCCUUCCUGCCCUACUGGCUCCAGAGGAGGCGCAACAAGAAGAUGAUGCGUAAGGUCCAGAAGAGAAAAGCCGUGGCUGAGGCAGAGCUGCCUCUGGCUGAGCAGGUCCGGCUGGAGGCCGACAUGAGCACCUACUUGGGCACCUUCGACGACUACCUGGAGUUGUUCCUGCUGUUUGGAUACGUCAGUCUGUUCUCCUGCGUCUACCCUCUGGCUGCUGUGCUGGUGGUGCUGAACAACAUCACAGAGGUGUACUCUGAUGCCUUCAAGAUGUGCCGCGUGUUCAAACGGCCCUUCUCUGAGCCGGCAGCCAACAUCGGAGUCUGGCAGCUAGCCUUUGAGGCUAUGAGCGUGAUCGCCGUGGUGACCAACUGCUCUCUGAUCGGCAUGUCUCCACAAGUCAAGGCUUACUUCCCAGAGUCAGAGACGCAGCUCAUACUGUGGACUGUGGCUAUUGAG